UAGCCUGUAUAUCUCGUGGCUGCUGGAACCCAUCUCAGGGCCUGACCAGCUCAGAGCUUCUGCGCAUGCGCACCGGAGCAGCGCUAAUGGCGGAGAGCGUGCGGUCGCCGUUCGAUUACCGGGAGCCCCCGACCCUCGACAGCGACGGGGAUGGAGGAAAGCCGCCGCCGCCGCGCGGGCGAGUGUGUGGCAGGAAGAGGAAGGGGACGCCGGUGAAGGUGUGUGAAAGAGUGGCGUAUGUGACGGAGGACGAGGAGGAGAGUCUGUCUGAACACAGUUACAGCCCAGGGGAUGAGCAGUACACAGAGGGAGCUGAAGACCGGAUUCCUGCGCCGAGCAGCCCGUUCUUCCUCACCGACCCGGCACAGCUCUGUGUGCCAGAGCUGGCUGAAGAGGGCGCUAGCGGCGUCCGCGGCCCUGUGCUGUUCCACCCAGCGCCCAACUGCAGGAUUAGAGAGGUGCAUUGUGGGAGUCAGGUCCGGCUCGUCGUCAUAGCCAUUCGAGACAUUGCCAAAGGAGAGGAGAUCACAGUGGACUACAGCCUGACCGACUGGGGAGAAAAUGCCAUGGGCUUUCAUACUUCAGUGUCCCCGCGCGGGUUUGAAUGUGGAUUCAACCCAGAGAGCAACAUCAAGAAGGAGGAGGAGCCGGGUUCACUCCCAAUGUCUCUCAGCGUUUCCUUCACAUGCCCCGCCCCCUCUUCGCCGACGCCCUUCCAGCAGCCUCUAGCCCCGCCCACCACCAACAUAAACAAUAACAUAAACAUAAACAUCGGCGCGAGCGGCGCGCUCUCCCACAGACAGCACUGUCCCUACUGCGGCCGUCACUUCCGCUCGCUCGCUAGGCACCUGGAGAAACACCACGAGCAGCAGCCCGAGGUCCGAGCCGCCAUGGAGCUGUCGCACCCCCCCGCCUCCUCGCACCCCUUCACAUCUCCCUCUCAGCCCUCGUCCUCCCUGUUUCCCCGCGAGCGAGACGCUUCGUCUUCAGCGCCGAAGUCCGGAGGCGUCUCCUUCUCGCUCUCGCUGUCUCCGCCUCCUGCCUCCAAUACCGCAAAAAAGAGCUCAGCGACAGCGCCUAAAAACAAGAGCCCGGCCGUCUCGCCCAAGCCUCCCGCCAGGAGAGGACGGCCGCCGAAGAAAGAGAAAGAACAGCAGGAGAAGAAGCAGGAGGAGCCCGGGAAACAGGAGGAGGAGGAGGAGGAGGAGGAGAAGAAUCAAGAAGACGGAGGCGCAGAGGAGAAGAACGGUGUCGUGGCGAGCCCUGGGCGCUCUCACAUGCCUCCUCUGCUGUCGUCGCUCUCCACACUGGUGCUGUAUCUCCGGCGGCAGCAGCACUCCUCGUUCCUGUCUCUGUCGCGCGCUCCUCCAUCCGCCGAGGCCUGGCGUCUGCUCUGCCACUCCAGCCUGGCCCUGCUGAUCCUCUACAACCGGCACCGCGAGUGUGAGGUGGCCAAGCUCACGCUGCAGGACUACCGCAGCCGCGCUGCUCCCUCCUCUCCCUCGCUCGACUCCUCGCUCUCCCCGUUCGAGCGCGCCGUCCUCGGCCAGCUCCCGCGUGUUAGCGUGCUGGGCAAACGCGGCCGCCUCCAGCCGCUCAUCCUUCCUCCGCACUCGGAGGCGUGUCUGGAUCUGCUCCUGGAGACGUCUGCAGAUGUGGGCGUGGAUCCCCAGAGCCCCUAUGUGUUCUCCCGGCCAUAUCACUCCCCGGCCACGCCGCUGCGCGGGACCGACCUGCUGCGGAGCCUGGCGCGCUCUAGCAGCGCUAAGAAUAAAUUACAAAAAGUGGUUUGGUAA